ACCUUCCAAUGUUAUGCCAAGCCUAGUGCCUGCCCAGAGAAGGCCUUGGAAAACACUCCACAAAGGAUUUCAAGACCCCCAAGACUGCAGGACUCCCUUCCUCAGAGUGCUCAUGAUCACGAAGUCAAUGAAAAUUCUCUUAAGAGAUUAAGUGCCUACUUAGAAAACCUCCAGAAACCAGGCUUCAAGUCUUUGAAACCAACCCAGCUUGUGUUUUAUGUAAGAGAAACAGACCAGAACUCCUCUGAUGGCCAGGAACACUUCAGCACUUCCAGGUUUCGAGCAGUCAAAUUUACUUUGCACACCAGAGAUCUGCUAAGCACAGUGUUAUAUAUUCUCAACUCCUGCAGUUUAUCUAUUGAACAUAUCCAAAGCUUGAAUACUAAUGUGCACUCCCAGCCUCUCAAAGAGGCCACAAGGAUAUCUGACAGGCCCAUCAAAUGGGACAAGUCUUACUACUCCUUUACUGGAUUCAAGGACCCUGAUGAAGACCUCGAGCAAGUCUGGAGAAUGGAAACAACCCUAACAUCCUGGUUAGAUAAUAAUGGGAAAAGUGCUGUUAAAAAGCUGAAGAAUAGUUUGCCACUUAGAAAAGAACUAGAUCGUUUAAAAGAUGAACUGUCCCAUCAAUUGCAGCUCUCGGAUAUCAGGUGGCAGAGGAGCUGGGGCAUCGCCCACCGCUGCAGUCAGCUGCACAGUUUAGGCCGCUUAGCCCAGCAGAACUUGGAAAGCCUUAAAAAUGCAAAAGGAUGUACAAUAAUAUUUACAGACCGGUCCGGGAUGAGUGCAGUGGGCCAUGUGAUGCUGGGAACAAUGGAUGUCCAUCAUCACUGGACAAAACUUUUUGAAAGAUUACCGAGUUAUUUUGACCUGCAGAGGAGCCUGAUGCUUCUGGAGGACCAAAUAAGCUGUCUUCUAGGUGGCAUCCAAGUUGUUUAUAUCGAAGAAUUACAGCCAGUGUUGACACUUGAAGAAUAUUACUCUCUUCUCGACGUGUUCUAUAAUAGACUCUUGAAAAGUCGAAUACCUUUUCACCCUCGAAGUUUGCGUGGUUUGCAAAUGAUCCUUAACAGUGACAGAUAUGCUCCAAGUUUGCACAAACUUGGGCAUUUUAACAUUGUGAUCCUCUGCUAUCAAGCAAACCUCCAGUGGUUUAUUCUCACCAAAGCCCAACAGGCAAGAGAGAACAUGAAAAGAAAAGAAGAGUGA